AUGUUUCGAUACAAUUCCUGGUCCUAUCUGCCAUUCCACAUUUUAGCUCUGGGCUUAGCCGGCAGGGAGAUUUCCGACAUGGCUCCAGCCAAGGCUGCUGGAGCUGCGGGAUCCACUCCCGCUGCUCCCAAGUCUGCGACGGCGGAGUUAUUAGAUACUCUGGAGGAGAAAUUUCGGCUCACGACGAAGCAGCAGGAGCUCCUGAUCCGCGUCGCGACCCUUCUGCUAAUCUACAUCCUCGCAUUCGCGACUCGACUCUUCUCCGUGCUCCGUUACGAGAGCGUGAUUCACGAGUUCGAUCCCUAUUUCAACUACCGGACCACGCUGUACCUCACCCGUAAGGGAUUUUACGAAUUCUGGAACUGGUUCGACCACGAGACAUGGUACCCGCUGGGUCGCAUUAUCGGAUUCACUCUCUACCCUGGUCUCAUGGUGACGUCAGCGCUUAUCUACUGGGCUCUCCACGCGCUCUCAUUGGUGGUUCACAUCCGUGACGUGUGCGUGAUGACUGCUCCGUUCUUCGCGGCCAACACCGCCAUGGUCGCGUAUUUCUUCGGAAAGGAGAUCCGCGAUUCGGGAACCGGCCUUAUCGCAGCGAUCUUCUUGGCCAUCUGCCCGGGUUACAUUUCGCGAUCCGUCGCGGGAUCGUACGAUUAUGAGUGCAUCGCCAUUUUCGCGAUGAUCCUCACGUUCUUCCUGUUCGUGAAGGCCGUUAACACCGGCUCUCUCGCGUGGGCUGCCGGCGCCGCGCUCACUUACUUCUACAUGGCAUCAUCAUGGGGAGGCUACAUCUUUAUUAUCAAUCUGAUUCCGAUCUACGUCGUGGUGCUGCUGAUUACGGGACGCUACACCCCUCGGCUUUAUAUCGCGUACAACGCGUUUUACAUCAUCGGAAUGCUGCUGGCGAUGCAGAUCCGCUUCAUCGGCUUCCAGCACGUGCAGUCCAGCGAGCACAUGGCGGCUCUCGGCACCUUCUGCCUCAUCCAGGUGUUUUUCUUCGUGGACUGGGUGAAGCACCAGCUGGCAGACCCGAAGCUCUUCCGCACCUUCCUGCGCGUCGUCGUCUUCUCUUUCGGUGGCAUCGGCUCCCUCGCUUUCGCCGUCGGCAUGGCCACCGGCUACAUCUCCCCCUGGACGGGGCGGUUCUACUCGCUGCUGGACCCCACGUACGCCAAGGACCACAUCCCCAUCAUCGCGUCCGUGUCAGAGCACCAGCCCACCGCCUGGUCCUCCUUCUUCUUCGACUUCCACAUCCUCCUCAUCCUCUUCCCCGCUGGGCUCUACUUCUGCUUCAAGCGCCUGAAUGACGCGUCAAUGUUUGUGAUCAUCUACGGGCUGACAGCCAUGUACUUCGCGGGCGUCAUGGUGCGCCUCAUCCUCGUCGCCACGCCCGCCCUCUGCCUCCUCGGUGCCGUCGCUGUCAGCGCUUCCCUCUCCCGCCUCUCCGCCAUCGCCCGCGAGAAGACCCCCGAGCCUGCUGCUGCUGCUGCAACCACCUCUGCGAAGCUGUCUGGGAAGGCCAAGGACAAGCUGAAGGGUGCGCAGGACAGCUCGCUGCCGUACCAGAAGGAGGGCGCGGUGGUGCUUAUAGCGGGAAUAUUCUUCUGCCUGAUCAACUUCGCGCGGCACUGCACGUGGGUGACGUCGGAGGCAUACUCAUCGCCGUCCAUUGUGCUCAUGGCCCGCCAGCACAACGGCGACCGCGUCAUCUUUGAUGACUUCCGUGAGGCCUACUUCUGGCUCAAGCACAACACCAAGCCCGAUGCUAAGGUGAUGUCAUGGUGGGACUACGGGUAUCAGAUCACGGCGAUGGCGAACCGCACAGUCAUCGUGGACAACAACACGUGGAACAACACGCACAUUGCCACUGUGGGGCGCGCCAUGGCCUCGUACGAGGAGCAGGCGUAUGGCAUCAUGCAGCAGCUGGACGUGGAUUACGUGCUCGUGGUGUUCGGUGGGGUUACAGGGUACUCGUCCGAUGAUAUCAACAAGUUCCUGUGGAUGGUGCGCAUUGGGGGCGGUGUGUUCCCGGACAUAAAGGAGCCCGACUAUCUCAACAACGGGGGCUAUCGCACUGACGCCAAUGGCUCGCCCAAGAUGCUCAACUGCCUCAUGUACAAGAUGUGCUACUACCGCUUUGGCGAGCUGCAAACGGAAUAUGGCAAGCCAACUGGCUGGGACCGGGCACGUGGGUACGAGAUAGGCAACAAGGACAUCGAGCUGGAGUAUAUAGAGGAGGCGUUCACGUCGGCCAACUGGAUCGUGCGCAUCUACCGUGUCAAGCAGCCCGACAACCGCUGGUAG